AUGGGCUCGUCACACCAAGAUGAGUCGGAGAGAAUCUCAAGCGAAUCCACCUCGGCAGAUGGGAAUAUGGGGUCGGCAAAGGACGACGACGAUCGGGCGCCCACUUCCGCAGGGUCUGAGCAGCCGCUGAGCCAUCGCUCUCCUUCUUCAGGUCCUGUUCUCGCUGGCGCGGAUCGAGUCUUUCCAAUCCGCUCUGUAGUUCGCGUCGACCCAAUCCCAGAUGAAGUCCAAUUCCCACACUUGGCCGAGGCCGAUAACCAGGCCCGCGGCAUACCGGUACAUCUUCUCAGCUCUAUGAACCGAACAGACUCCUGGGGCGACGCGCGAAGGUCAGAAACUGAGCCUAUGUCUCCAACAUCACCAUCUGCAUCAAACGACCGAGCCGCCCAAAUCCGUCAGAAGAGGGCCAUGAGCGGGCCGUAUAGCAGUCUUCAGGCAGAUGCGGUUCGUCAUAGUUCAUCGACCCCUCUAAAUUUAAACAUAUCUACUUCAGAUCUAGACGAUGAUGAGUCAGAAGCUCGCGAUGGUGAAGAAGCGAAAGACGAUUCAGGGAAAGACGACUCAGUAGCCCCAACUGACGGAUCAUCUGGGAAUUUGGACAGCUUGUCAGCCGAAGAGACUGUCCAUAUCGCAACGCGUUUUAAGCAUGUCAUGACAGACGAUGGCCAUGCCGUCAUUACUGGGAGAGAUGGAGUUUUGCAAAAAUGUGAAGAUGAACCUAUUCAUAUUCCUGGUGCUAUUCAGAGCUUUGGUGUCCUUUUGGCCAUGCGCGAAGAGGAGGAAGGCCAAUUUGUUGUGCGAUACGUCAGCGAGAACAGCAAAAAGCUCCUGGGUUAUACGCCUCAGCAACUAUUCCAACUUGAAAGCUUCCUCAGCAUCCUGACCGAAGAGCAGCAAGACAACCUCCUGGAUCAUAUUGACUUUAUCCGAGAUGAGGAUGCUGAUCCUGCCGCCAACGGACCCGAAGUUUUUAGCAUCUCGAUACGGCCCAGAAAAGAGAAAAAGAGCGUCAAGCUCUGGUGCGCCAUGCACAUCAACCCCGCCCACCCCGAUUUGAUCAUUUGCGAAUUCGAGAAAGACGAUGACAACGAGUAUCCUCUUAGGCCCCCAGAGGAGAAGAACGAGCCUAUGCCUACUGGCACCCUCAACGGCAAUCCUACGUUGGAGCAGAUUGAGGAGAGUACAGAAAUUCUAAGCAAGCCCCUAAGAGUCUUGCGUAGCGCCAGGAAAAAGCGAGGCGACCAAGGAGCAAUGCAGGUGUUUGACAUCAUGUCUCAAGUUCAGGAGCAGCUCUCCUCAGCCCCCGACCUCGACAUCUUUCUAAAGGUCCUCAUCGGCAUAUUCGACGCCUCGUGGAACGGCAAAGUUGUGGCCGAGCUGGUCGAUGCUUCAAAGACGACCGAUCUCUACAAAGGACUCCAUUUUCCGGCAUCAGAUAUCCCCGCUCAAGCGCGCGAUCUAUAUAAACUGAAUAAAGUUCGGCUGCUCUACGACCGAGACCUAGAGACUUCAAGAAUCGUUUGUCGGACGCAGGAGGAUCUUGACGUACCCUUGGACAUGAGCCACGCGUAUUUACGGGCCAUGUCUCCCAUUCACCUGAAAUAUUUAGCCAAUAUGGCCGUAAGAUCGUCCAUGUCAAUCUCCCUCAAUGCAUUCAACGAACUCUGGGGCCUGAUGGCAUGCCAUUCUUACGGAAAUCACGGCAUGCGAGUCUCCUUUCCGAUUCGAAAAAUGUGUCGCUUGGUCGGGGAUACAGCUUCGAGAAACAUCGAGAGGUUAUCGUAUGCAUCCAGGCUGCAGGCUCGCAAGCUAAUCAACACUGCCCCAACUGACAAGAAUCCAACUGGAUAUAUCAUUGCGUCCUCUGACGAUCUGUUGCGGCUGUUCGACGCGGACUUUGGUCUGCUUUCCAUUAGAGGAGAGACCAAGAUUUUAGGCGUGAUUGAACAGAGCCAAGAGGCUUUGGCAAUGCUCGAGUAUCUUCGGAUGCGUAAGCUGACAUCGGUGGUUGCGUCGCAGGAUAUCAGAGAAGAUUUUCCAGAUUUGCAGUAUCCUCUUGGAUUUCAAGUCAUCGCAGGUCUUCUCUAUGUACCCUUGAGUCCUGGUGGUCACGACUUUAUCGCUUUUUUCCGCAGAGGUCAGAUUAAGGAAGUCCGAUGGGCUGGAAAUCCAUACGAAAAGACACUUCGAGAAGGCACUAAGGAGUAUCUGGAGCCUCGUGCAAGCUUCAAAGUAUGGAAUGAACUAGUCAUUGGCAAAUGUCGCGAAUGGGUUGAAGAGCAGAUCGAAACCGCCGCAGUCCUCUGCUUAGUCUACGGCAAAUUCAUUGAAGUUUGGAGAGAAAAAGAGGCCGCUCUACAAAAUACUCGGUUAACUAGACUUUUGCUUGCCAAUUCAGCGCAUGAGGUCCGCACACCUCUCAAUGCCAUCAUCAAUUACCUUGAGAUUGCUCUUGAGGGGUCUCUCGAUCAAGAAACUAGAGAAAAUCUUGCCAAAUCACACUCGGCUUCAAAAUCGUUGAUUUAUGUCAUCAAUGACCUCUUGGACUUGACCAAGACCGAAGAAGGGCAGAAUUUGGUAGUACAGGAAACUUUUGAGCUCGCCAACUGUAUAAAUGAAGCUCUAGAUCCGUUCCGAACCGACGCCGAGAGGAAAGGAAUUGACUAUCAGGUCAAGCACCAUCCUGAGUUGCCUAAAUUUGUUCUGGGUGAUAGCCGACGCGUCCGCCAAGUCAUUACGAAUAUUACGGCAAAUGCGAUAGCACACACAACAUCUGGAUAUGUCAACGUGGAUAUCUUUGUUGCCGAUGUUAAAGAAGAUGGGCAAGUUGUUAUUGAAAUUGUGGUUGAAGAUUCUGGUAGUGGUAUGACUCCGGUGCAAAUGGAUGGGCUCUUCCGAGAUCUCGAGCAAGUUGGUACAGAAGAGUUUGAUCUGCGAGCGCCAUUUGAACAAAGUAGCGGCCCACAGGAGCUGAAAACCCUAGGACUUGGACUGGCAGUCGUUGCUCGAACCAUCAGAAAUGCGGGUGGGCAACUAAGGUUAAAAUCGAAGGAAGGGGAGGGAUCCAGAUUUGUUAUCCAGCUGCCAUUUCAAUUGCCCGAUGAAUCACCAAAUUCGGAGGGAGAUGGAUCUCUCAAUGGUCCCAUCUCUUCUAGCAAAGAUGUUUCGGCUUCAAAGUCAGCACCCCUGGCGCAGGAAAGCGAGAUGCUUUUGAUUGACCCAAAUAAAACCGCGGGAGAUGCUGCUUCUUUGGAGCGGCGGAGCCUUGAUAGCUGGCGAAGUGGUGUAAGCCAGGACGGAAGCCAGAAGAGCGACGCAGACCGCCUAAUCGAUGCCAUCAAGACCCCAUUAUCUCUUCAAGAAAAGGAUUCGGAAUAUUUCACGCCUAAAGCCCAGGUCGCCAACACUUCUAACCCGAUCGGCACGAGUUUUUCUAUUCCAACCUCUAUUCCAACGAGCGCGCCUCACCACCCUGACCUUACCAAUAACACCGUUGAAGAAGAUGGUACCGCCAAGGUUCGUGACUCGAAAAUGCCCGUUCGAGCGAUCAAAGUACCAGACGAAUUCUUUGAUAUACCCCGGGCUCCUCAACAUAAAAGGACGGGGAGCAAUUCCGAAGCUGAUACAGAUGCUACCGAAACAAAACGUCCGCCCAGCUCAAUCAAAAGUGCUGCCGCAAGUAGCGGCAACGCGCUGUGUGUGCUGGUCGCGGAAGAUGAUCCCAUUAACAUGAAAAUCCUGAUAAAGCGACUAGAAAGAACUGGCAAUACAAUCCAUACCGCCGUCAAUGGAGAGAUCUGUGCGGCAAUAUACAACGAGAGCUCGUCUGACUUCGAUGUCGUGCUCAUGGAUAUGCAAAUGCCGAUUGUUGAUGGUUUGACCAGCACCAAGCUGAUCAGAGAGAUUGAGAUAUCACCCGAGCACAAGGGUCAUUCAGCUUUGGCCGAAAAAUGUGGCCGAAUCCCGAUAUUUGCCGUGUCAGCUUCUCUCGUCGAGGAGUUAAAAGACAGAUAUGUCGAAGCCGGCUUCGACGGAUGGAUCUUGAAGCCUAUUGACUUCAGGAGACUCGCAACGCUCCUUCGGGGCAUCUACGAUACUGAAACGCGAAAGUCAUGUAUAUACGUUCCUGGACAAUGGGAAAGAGGUGGCUGGUUUACGGAAUCCGCGGAGACUGAGAUAAACGAUGCAAAAGCUUGA